AUGUACAACCCAAGAUCAAAUAUAAAUUAUUACCAAAAUGCUUUAAACAUACAAGUUCCUUUUCCUACAUCUACUAAAGCAGAUGAAAUCAUAGAAUUACAAAUUAAAAAUGGAAUUAAAAGCAUUAACCAAACGAUGAACGCGUUUAUGAUAGAAUUUAAUAAUGUAGUUACAAAUUAUAAUCUUGAACUUAAAGAUAUAUCUUUAUGUGCUAGCGUUUCUUGGAAACAAGGACCACAAUAUGUUAAAAAAUAUUACAAACAGUUAGCUAAAAGGGUUAAGGAACUUUUUAAAGAAAAGGUUUCUUCUCUUUAUAUCAUUCAAAACAAGCAAGUAUCUAGUACAAUUGGUAAUAAUGUCUCCUUUAAUUCUCCAUUUCCAAAAAUGAAUCAAAAUUUUUCUUCACCUCUUGAUGAUCGAAACUCCCCCUCCCCAUAUGUUACCUGCUCUAAUUAUCCACUUCCUAAUAUGAACACUUUUGUAUCUGAUAAUUUUGAAAAUUCUCUUCAUACAUACAUGACGAUAUAUGAUGAUAAACUUAUAAAUUAUAUUUCCGAAGACCUGGCUUUAACUUAUAGAGCAAUCGUUCAUUCAUUACCAUUUUAA